AUGGCUCCAACUGCAAACGCUAACACUAGCCAAGAUGUCAAGCAAUUCGAUAAUGACAGCAUGGACACAGUCGAGAAGACUGAAGGAAAUAACGGCUGGAUUCCACUCGCAAAGAGAGAUAGAAUUUCUAUCUGGAGAAUCUUCGGUAUUUGUGCAUCAAUGUUCGGUUUCCAAACUGUAUUCACAGUCGUUUUCGGUCUCCUCUCUCCAAUCAUGGACUCAGAAGAUAUCAACAUCCCACAAGUCUACAGAUCACUCAUCUACCUCAUCGGCCCACUUGCCGGUUUCAUCUGCCAACCACUCGUCGGAUACUACAGUGACGCUCUCCACGCAAAGAUCGGCAGAAGAAGACCAUUCAUCAUCACAGGUGCCGUUGGAUCAAUCAUCGGAUUCCUCUUCCUCUACUUCUGCAGAGAAAUCGGUAAGGGAAUCAGCAGCUCAAACCCACGCCCAUGGAGUAUCACAUUCCUCAUCAUUGCUCUCGUCCUCGAUUUCGUUUCUGUUAACCUCCUCCAGGCACCAGCAAGAACAGUCAUCGGAGACCUUAUUCCAAAGUCACAGCAAGUUCUCGGAAACUCAAUCGCUGCUGUCCUCCUCGGUCUCGCUCAGGUUUUCUCUAACUUCAUCGGUGGUUUCAACGUCGCCAAGUACUCAUCACUCAACUACCAGCAGCUCGUCAUCAUCUGCGGCAUCGUUUUCAUCAUAGUCAGUGUAACAAUCACAGUCUUCACAGCUCACGAAGAACAGUUCACAGAUGUCGUCGAAAGACCAAACCCAUUCAUCGCAAUCUUCAGACAGUUCAAGGCAAUGCCAAAGCCAGUAUGGAGAAUCGCUAUCAUCUACUUCUUCUCAUGGAUGGGUUACACAGAGUUCAACAACGAGUGCUCAAGCUACGUCGGAACAGAUAUCUACAAGCUCCGGGGUCUCGACUACGAUGAAGGCGUCCGCUUCGGUCUCAUCAUCAUCGGUGUAUCUUCAAUCCUCGUCAUGGUCUGGUCUUUCGUCCAGGAUAUGAUCAUCAAGUGCAUCGGACUCAAGCUCUCUUACGCUCUCUCUCAGAUCAUCGAAGGUGUCUGCCUCAUCCCAAUCUUCUUCAUCCACAACAAGUGGGCUGCACUCGGACUCCUCACACCACUCGGUAUCGCUUGCUCUGUCUUCAACUCUGUCCCAUACGCCAUCGUCGGCAUGUGCUCAAAGGACGAAGAGAUGGGUACACUCAUGGGCAUCCUCAACAUCUUCGUCGUCGUCGGCCAGCAACUCGCUAACUGGAUCAUCGGCUCAGGCAUCGGCGCAGCAACAAAGGGCAAGAAGGGACCACUCCUCGGCUCUGGAUGCGUAUUCGCUUUCAUCGCUGCUAUCCUCUGCUUCUGGAUCAUAGUCCCAGAACAGAAGCCAGAAUCUCUCGACUUCGAUGACGACAGAGAAGACAUCAACAACGAGAAACCACAAGUUGAAAUCUAA